AUGCGCACCGCAAGCCAGCGCCAUGUUGGGUCAGUUUGAAAGGGAGCGCGGGCGCCGCGCUCGGCUGUGAGGGCGGAGGAACGUGCGAGCUAGCGGAGCCUGAGGCUGGGCGGCGUCCGGGUCGGGGUGCUUUGUCGCGUCUCUCGUCGGGUGGCAGGCCAGGGCUUUGGGUGGAGAGUUGAGGACGUGUGCACUUUUCUCUCUUUUCGGGCCUUUGUCGGUAGUAGAAAUCUCUGGCAACUCGUGCUAACGUUCUAUUCGUCGGAAUGAUGGAUUUCCUUUUGGAGAUACACCCGGAAGUGUUAACGGAAGAAAUGUUGUUUCUAAGAGAAAUGGGUAGAAAUAACCCAUUUUGAGGAAGCCAUGGCAAAAUUAAAUACAAAGCGCAGAGUUUGUUCUCGGGAAUCUUCAGUAUCUUCUCUGUUAGCAAGCUGCAACCUGAGUGGUAGUAAUUCCUCUAACUCUGAUGGCUUUUUUCAGUAUAAGGAUAGACUGUACAGUUCUGCAUCUCAGGCUCUACAGGCCUAUAUUGAUGAUUUUGAUCUAAGCCAAAUGUAUCUUGGUGCAAGCACUGGAAAGAUUAACAUCGAUAAAUAUUCUGCUAAUGUGCCAGAAUUCUCCAACUAUGUUUAUAAACCAAACAAUGCUUUUGAAAAUCUUGAUGACAAAAAAGAUUUGUCCUUAUCCUGUAGAGGACAGACUAUUAAUGACAUGGACUCUGUUAGCCUAACAACUGAUGAUCUAUUAAAACUUCCAGCAGAUGGAUCAUUUUCUUUCACUUAUGUUGGAGCAGGUCACGGAAUUAGCAAGAAAAGCAAGAAACGUACUGGAAGACUGAGUUCAUCCAACAGGGAAAAGAAUCAAAAUAUUCAAGAACCAGCCUCUCUCCUGGGCAAGGAUAACUUAGUUACCCCAGUUGUAUACACAAAUGUAAAAGGAAAGCAAUGUGGUAGGCUGAAAAACCCAAAACUUGUGAAAAAGGCUAAUAAAUGUGUUUCUGUACCAUCUUUAUCUUUUAACAAGAAAUCAUCUUUUAGGGACAGUUCAGAACACAAUCUUGAAAAGAAUUACCCAAGAUGGCUCACUAGCCAGAAGUCUGACCUUAACGUUUCAGGGAUAACGAGUAUACCGGAUUUCAAAUACCCAGUCUGGCUCUACAAUCAAGACUUGCUGCCCGAUACAAAUAGUCAAAGGAUUUAUCAAAUAUUUAAAGAAGAUCACUGUUCCCCUAGGCAUAGUUACCAGGCACAAAGAACUUCUCGGCGAAUGAAUGAAUUAGAUUGUUUUGAAUAUUCUUCUGAAUCUUCAAACAAUUCACAUUCCUUGAGUGAUGAUAAAGGAUUAGUUAAUGAAUAUAAAUGUGAUUCUGAACAUAGCCAAUGGCAGUGUGACAAUCCACUUCUCCCAGGAUCCGAAAAGCCAUUCAGUGGUGACAGAAUUGAAUUGCUUAUCCUGAAGGCCAAGAGAAAUCUAGAGCAUUGUACUGAAGAAUUACCAAAGUCUAUGAAAAAGGAUGACAGUCCUUGUUCAUUAGAUAAACUUGAAGCAGAAAGAUCAUGGGAAAAUAUUCCUGUUACUUUCAAAUCUCCUGUUCCGGUUAACUCUGAUGAUAGUCUUCAACAAACUUCAAGGGCAAAGUAUGCUGACGGGUUCCUUGAAGACUUUUUAAAUAAUGAUAAUCAGAGCUGUACCCUUUCUGGAGGGAAACAUCAUGGUCCUGUUGAAGCCCUGAAACAAAUGUUAUUUAAUCUUCAAGCAGUGCAAGAAAGUUUUAAUCAGAAUAAAACCACAGAGCCAAAAGGCGAAAUUAAACAAGUUUCAGAAGAUGAUUUCUCGAAAUUACAGUUGAAGGAAAGUAUGGCUCCUAUUAAUAGGUCACUUCAAAAGGCUUUGCACCAUUUAUCUCGCCUGAGAGACCUGGUUGAUGAUUCCAGUGGGAAACAGUCACCGAAAAUGUGAAGAGGAAAAUAAAAGUCUAACCAAUAAAUAGUCACCACAGAACAAAAAUGUAUUUUUUUUCCUAUUGCUUAAACUGACAAAGUAAUUAGAAGCCAUAUAUUAUUCUGUGAUUGGUUCAAGUAUUAUAUAUUUUUUAAAAACCAGACUUGAAAAUGUCCAUAGAUUUUUGUGGCCUAUCCUCAUUUUGUGCCAAACUACCAGGAGGUGAACUAGAAGGACCCACACCAUAUGUCCUAGUCUGACUUUGGUCUUCAGGCUGUCAGAUGUCUAAUAUUCGAAGAUGGAUGAUUUCCAUUCUUGAAGCUUACAUGGACUUAACCUUCUUCAGCAUCCUCAUCAUUUUAUCAUCUGAUUCUGGAUCAUUAAGAAGCUUUUCCUGGUUUCUAUCCAAAAUCUCUUAAAUAGACUCUUUUAUAAAGUUAGCAUCCACUUAAGGAGCUUGAGGAAUGUCAAAAUUGUUAUGGUGUAUCUUAUCCAUAUGGAAGUAUGUUACUUUCAAGUUUCAUAAAGCAAACAUUUAAGAAUAUGUUAUAUUUGUAAAUAACAUUAAUUGAUGCAGUGCUAAAAGGAUGUUUUAUAUUGUGAAUUCCAGGAAAACCUCAUUUAAUGAAUGCUUUGAUUCUAUGUAAGAUAAUUUUGACAGUACUUGACAGUUUAUAAAAUAUUUUGGGGGGGGGAUAUUUGAGAUUUUAAUAUUUUGAUAUUAUUUCCCAGAUUUAAGUUUUGAGGUUAGCUCAAACUAGUAAAAACUAUAUCAGUGGCCAGUUGCUUUAUGAAAUUUGAUAACUAAACUUAAGUGAAUAUGGAAAAUCAGAAAGUAACUAUUUUAAAGCUAUUUUGUAAGUGCUGAACUUUCUUUAAAGCAAACUUUCUUUAGGGUUUGUCACUAGCUAGGACUGCUCUAUAAUUUUGCAACUUCUACCAAGUGAGCGUCUAAUAAGCAGGAAGCAUCUUUACCAACAAAAUGAAGAAAUAAUUCAUAAGACAUGGCAAAGCAUAUUAAAAAAGCCUGAUGAAAUUAGAGAAUAGGUAUGUAUACAAAUAGUACAAAUUAACACUACCCAAAUUGGAGCGUUUUUGCUAAUAAGUAGCUUCACUGUCAAAUAGGAAUUUCUAAGUACAUUGGGUCAAAGAAUUUUUCCCCCCAAUUUAAAGCACUAUCUAAGACCUUUGUUAUAGAACUUACAUGCCAAAAACUGUGGAGUCAAUCCUGUCUUUUUUUCCUUGCCUAGUGCGUCAGUCACUGUACUAUUCUUUUUGCCCAGUUUGAGAGUCACUUGCUAAUAAGUUUGUUUUGUUUACUCUGUGGAGGUGUUUUUGCCACAGACAUUCUAUUUCUGAUUAUGGUCUUCUGCUUCACAGCAGAUAGUUUGCAUACAAUCAAACAAGACAUUACUUUUAUGAUUGAAAUGUGGUUGGCCGUUAAAAGUGCAGAUAGAUUUUAAGUGGAUGAACAUAGAUCUGAGCGGAGCAUGUUCCAGCGAAAUCCAGUAUUCAACGACUUCUAAAGGCAGAGCAGACAAAGAUAUCAGAUAAUUACAUAUUAUAUGUUGAUCAGAUGUAAUAUGUUUAGUAUACCUAGAAAGCAUCUCCAAAGGGAUUAUUAUGCUGUGUUGACUCUGAGUAGCACUGAUUUGGUUAGUGCUCCCAUUUGCAAGAACAUAUAUCCAGUACUAAAUAAGAUAAGCCUGUUCUAAAAUUUUGUUAUAACUAGUAUUUUAAGAAACUUGAUUAUACUUACCCUUUUGUAUUAAAUAUGGAAGUUUAAGUUUUUUAGCAAAAAAGAGAACUUUAUCUAAAUGAUUAAUUCUAA